UUAUUUAAAAUUUUAAAUGGCCACAAGGUAUAGGGUGAAAACAUCCCCAGCCAAGCAGAGGAGGGAGGCAGAUCAGCUUGACAAAUACUUCAGAGAGAAUCCUCACCUAGCUCCAUUUAAGAGGGAAUCUGCAGCGAGUCAUGAAGAUAUGAGGUUUUAUCCUCUAAGAGAGCUAAAAUCAAGGAAUAGAAAAUAGGAAGAAUAAGGAAACCUCUAAAUGCAGAUUUGACUCACAGAAUGAGAGUUCUACAUCGCAUAAUAUAUCUAUUAGAGAUUGGAGACUAUCCAUACCAACUUUUCGAUUCAAUUCAAGGCCUGAGGAGAGUACAUCAAAUGAUGAACUCCCAGGUCCUGGAGGGUACUUCCAGAAUGAUCUCAGAAGCUCCCUUGGAGGUCCUAAAUAUAGCUUUACCAGACUAAAAAGGGACUUUGGCUCAAUAUUUGGAAACAGCACUAAUUUUAAUAAGCGAAAGAUUUCACUGCAAGACUCAAUAGUUGACUUGGAUAAGUACAAAAUUGAAGAAUUCAUAGACACAUCACACAUCAAGGAAAGGGAGUUUACCAAAUAAGAUUGAAGAUUCUCGUGAUUUUAUGACUCUAAAAUACGAGCCGACAACUCCAAGUUAUUCAUUUAAAAGGAUUAACCCUCUACUUGAGAUUACCAAGAAGAUCAAGGAAGACAAGAAUAUGAUCAGGAAUAAGCCUAAGAAGGUCAACAGGCUCAGCACCAAGUGCUACAGAGACUCGGAUUUCGAGCAGAACAACAAGCUAUUCAUAAAAAUUAGGAAUAUUGGACAACUCUGUGAGAAAUAAGGAUAUUUUCACUAAUUUCAUUGGUAUGGCACCUGAAAUUGAAGUCAGUGAGGAAGCAGCCCUUCCAAAAUAUAAGAUGAAAAACCGAGCCCAGUCUAACUAUUCAAAUAGGAUCGAUCAGCUAGAUCUUUCUGAAAAGGAAUCAAAAAUGAACUACAAACUCAAGGACUGGAAUAGUCAUGUCAAGGAAAUCAGGACGCGUCAAAUCAAAUAAAAAGGUUAACCAAAGUUUAAAGAAUUCCAACCACAUCAUGAAUAAUAUCAGAAGAGCUUCUACUGGAAAGGGAGGUCAGAAGGAGAAAUAAGACUAAGCAUUCUUUUAAUAUGAACUCUAAAAAUUCCAAAGUAAGAAAGAAGUUAUCUAUCACUAUCCAGCCUUCUUCAUACAUCCAUGAUGAGAAACUACAGACAGUGAAAGCCAAAGCUGAUAGGCUCUUUAAACAGAAACGUCAGUUUAAAAAAUCAAUUCUGAAGAAGAAAUUCUUCAGAAUUGGCUAUUGCACUGAUAUUGGUAUUAAAUGUCAGGCUAACAAGAUCUCUACUUAUUGGGAACGAGCAAAUGUCCUGUUUGCUUUUCUCCAUACUAUCGAAUCCCAGUACAAGCAAAAGAAGCAUGAUCUUAAUAAUAUAUAA